GCCGCAGCGCCGCAGCGGAGCCGGCGCGGCGGGCAGCCGACCCCCGCAGGCGCGGGGCGGGCGGCGGGUGAGGCGCGGAGGGCGGCGCGGGCGCCACAGCCGGGCCGGGCGCUGCAGCCGCAGCGGCCAUGGGGGCCCUGACGAGCCGGCAGCACGCGGGCGUGGAGGAGGUGGACAUCCCGUCCAAUUCCGUGUACCGCUACCCGCCCAAGUCCGGAAGCUAUUUUGCCAACCACUUCAUUAUGGGAGGAGAGAAGUUUGACUCAACCCAUCCGGAAGGUUACCUGUUUGGAGAGAACAGUGAUCUCAACUUUCUGGGGAACAGACCAGUCGCGAUUUUCAAAUCUGUGCAGAUGGGAGCUGAGAAGCACUGUUUGAAUUUAAAUUUUCUGUCAUUUCUCCAAACUACAUCUCAAAAUUUGGUAACUAAUCCCAUAUAUAUCUAAUAUAAAAUAUAUAAAUAAUUUAUUGCAUGAAUUAGAAAGGGAAUGAAUAAAUGAUAUAAUUUGGCUUUCAAAUUGUAGGACAAGGAUUUUCCUUUGUUAAAACAAUUUUAAAUUUUACAAAAUAAUAGCUAUGAUGUGACCGUCUGUCAUGCUCAAAAGUAAUUUGCAAUUACCCUGGCUUUAGAUUUACCCCAAGGCUCUUAGUUGUCCCUCUUUGGCAUUCACAAGUUCUUUGUGCUUUCCUUUAUGUUAGCCUGAAGUUGUGCAGGAAGCUGUUGAGUGCUUCUUGCAGUGUUCAGUAAGACGUGAUUAUUUCACUAGGCACAAAAUAACUCACUGUGAGGUCAAGCCAAAUCUGACAGGAGCAAGCAGAAUAUUCUAUUGAAACGCGAGCUUUUUAGCUUAACAGAAUUUUCUUAUUAAUCUAUAUUCAGUUCCAGCUACAGUAAUUGAUGUUUUCUUUCAAUGCCAAAAGUUCAUCUAAACUGGAAGGAAACCCAAUUGUGCCUAGUACAGUAUUAAACAAUCAUGGAAGAGGAUAUUAGGGCAUUUCUGUAGGGACAGUUUAACAUGAGUUCUCUGUCUUUGGAUUUAAACUAUCUGCUUUGCGGCUCAGUGAGAAGCAUCCUGCCCUCAGGGGCCUCCAGCAGAGCCUAUGAGUCAUCUCGAGCUGUAGAGAAUUUGCUGCCUUUCCCACCCUUUGGCUUCCGCUAAAUGCUGGUGUUCUGUGCAAGCUGAAUGAGACCUUCAGCUGUUUUUUUGUUUGUUUGUUUGUUUUUGUUUUAAGCAUUGUAAAGAGAGUUAUGUCAUUCUGGAAAGAGCAGAACUCUAGGGAUUGGAAACGGAUCCAUGGUUGUCAGGGACUGAGCUGUGUGGAGGGGUCGAAUGGAAAAGGGCCCGAGGGAAUGUUAGGGGUGAUGGAAAUGUUCUUUAUUUGGUUGUGAUGGUGGUUACACAGAUGUGUGUGUUUGUCAAAAUUCAUAGCAUUGUACACUAAAAAAGGUGAAUUUUACU